AUGCAACUGUGCUGUGAAUCCGUAAAUGGCUCUUGCAUAAGGAGCAACUGGUCAAACAGUAUCCGAGUUUCCAUGUAUAUCUUCAUGGUUUGCAUUAUUCUGGCCACAGUGGUUGGAAAUUUGACAGUUAUCAUCUCAGUAUCACAUUUCAAGCAGCUGCAUACACCUACCAAUUUCCUGAUACUUUCUAUGGCUACAGUAGACUUUCUGCUGGGAUUCCUCAUCAUGCCUUGCAGCAUGGUCCGCUCCAUUGAGCACUGCUGGUAUUUUGGUGACCUCUUCUGCAAGAUCCACACGAGCACGGACAUCAUGCUGAGCACAGCUUCCAUCUUCCAUCUUUCCUUCAUAUCUAUCGACCGUUACUAUGCUGUGUGUGACCCUCUAAGAUACAAAUCAAAGAUAAAUACUUUUGUUAUCUUGGUCAUGAUAUUUGUAAGUUGGAUGGUCCCUGCUGCUUUUGCUUUUGGGAUGAUCUUUCUAGACCUAAAUUUGCGAGGGGCAAAAAAGAUUUAUAAUCAUUGUGCAGGAGGAUGUUUUGUCAUUUUUAGUGAAACUUCAGGUGUUGUGGCCUCCAUUGUGUCUUUUUAUAUCCCUGGAUUUGUUAUGCUGUACAUCUAUAGGAAAAUAUACUCUAUAGCCAAGAGGCAGGCAAGAUCCAUUGAUGCAAUUAGCCAAAAAAAGGUGCGAUUUGAAAUGAAGCACCACAUUUCAUUCUGCAGAGAAAGGAAAGCUGCCAAGACAUUAGGCAUAAUAAUGGGGGUGUUUCUCAUCUGCUGGAGCCCAUUCUUCUUCUUUACAGCAACCAAUCCAUUUAUGAAUUACGUGAUACCUCCUAUUCUCAUUGAUGCGUUGGUUUGGUUUGGUUAUUUAAAUUCCACAUUUAACCCAAUAGUUUAUGCAUUUUUUUACAUGUGGUUUCGCAGGGCAUUAAAGAUGAUUCUGUUCGGAAAAGUUUUUCAACAGGACUCUUCCAGGACUCAUUUGUUUUUAGAGUAA